AUGUCUGCCGAUGUCAAUAACAAGGACGUCUCAAUUGCAGCAGGCAUCAGCGCAAUUGGAGUUGAGCUACUCACCCACCCAAUCGCCACGCUCAUUACUCGAUUACAAUCACCUAGCUACGCGACGACAUAUCAGCAUGUCAACGGCGGUAUCAACCCAGCACUGUACCGAGGGUUGUAUCAAGGAUUCGGCCCAACUCUUAUCACGAACAUCCCUGCAUCACUCGCAUUUUUCACAAUCUACGAGACUAUGAAAUCAACACUUCAACCGAGCGAAGGCACGCAAUCGUCAAAAUCCGACGAGCUAGCCACGUACGCGAUCAGCAGCGCGGUAGCUGAUUUGGUGGCCUGCGCCAUCACUAACCCCGCCGAAGUCCUGACGCAGAAUGCCCAGGUCGUGCAAGCUCAAUCCAGCCAUAGUCGUUCGCCACUACUGUCGACUGUCAGGCAUUUUUCCCGGCAUCCGGCCAAGCUCUGGGCCGGGUAUACGAUGCUAGCUGCUAGCCAUCUCCCCGGGACGAGUCUGACCUUCUUGCUGUAUGAGUAUCUCAAGACGGGUUGGUUUGAGGUCCCGCAGAAUUGCAGUGAGGUUAGGACUUAUUUCAAGCGAGGGCUUUACAGCGGUGCACUGGCUAGCGCAGCGGUUUCUCUGCUAUUCAUCCCGGUUGAUGUAGUGAAAACGCACUUGAGGCUUGCGGUGGGUAUGCCCACCCACUCUCGACUGCCUUCAAGGGCAGAUCUCCUCGCUACACCUGUGUCAGUGAAGGUACAGCGGGUAUCGUCCGGAAAUGCGAUGGCUGUUACAAGACGCAUAUUAGCGAAGGAUGGCAUACGAGGUCUUUUCCGAGGCGGGGCCUUGACGUGCCUCGCAGCUGGUCUGGGAGGUGGUUUGUUCCUUGGGUGUUACGACGGUUUCAAGGCAUACUUUGGAGCGCACGUAUAA